AUGGUCACUUCCAAUGAUGUCAAACGGCCAUCGCCACGCGAGCCUUGCUCUGCGAACGAGAUGCUAGGUUCCAUGACUCCUCGUAGUGAUGAUGAGGACAGGCUGCAUCCGUCUUUGGAAAUCGCACCUCAACACUGGCGGAGCCUGCAAGUACUCUUCAGCUCCGUCACGAAGAAGAUGCAUCCCAGCAGUGCUUCCAGCGCAUCAACGGCCAGCGACGAGUCCAAGGAGCAUGAUGCCCACGACGGCAGUGACGGGACCGACGCAAGUGCGGGCUGUGAUGGAAACUGCCGGCCAUGUCUGUUCUUCUUCAAGAAGAAGGGGUGCAACCGUCAGCCAUGCAACUUCUGCCACGCAGAAAUUCAUCGUUUGCGCACGGAAGAGUACCAGCGCGCCCGCACGGAAAGGUAUUUUGCGGAGAAGAGCACCAAGAAGAUUGCCAGCGGGGAAGCCAUAAGAUGA